CGAGUGGCCCGCACUCUAGGACAUAUCCUGGGGCUUUUCCAAUGGGUACGCGCCGACACUUUCAAACAUUUCCAACAGUGGUUUGUCUUUUUCUCGGCGUUUUCUUUAGGUCCUGUCUGUCUAUUUGAACGAAUGAGUACAAUGAGAAAGUCGGGGAAAGAGCCGGUUUAAUGGGAACCAGAUGUGGAAUAGUGCUGCUAGACUUGUCGAUCAGUUUCGGCAUAAACCAAUGAGUGCCGGCGUUGGGUAGCUCAGCCCUCUCCCGGGGGCUAUUGGCUGUUCUUGGGGUUAAACAUAAAGCCAGCUAUAAAACCAGGAGAUCAGAGUGAGAGAGCCGCUUCUCCUCCCCUUUGGAACACAUUUGUUCGCUUCCAGAAUGCAGGGAAAGGUCUUCACUUCCCUUUUCAAACUCCACUGGUUUCUCAGCUUGGUUUCUGCAAUUGAGAGAGAGGAGCUUUUCCCGUUUGGUCCACGCACACAGGACCUGACCCUGCAGCAAGGCGAUGAUGAAACCUCUCAAGUUGUACAACUCAAAAGGCCAUUUGUCUUUUAUGACACACAGUUCAGUCAACUCUACGUAGGAACGAAUGGGAUCAUCUCCACUAAGGAUUUGCCCCGAGAGACUCAAUAUGUGGAUGACGGAUUCCCCACUGAUUUCCCGGUGAUAGCGCCUUACUUGUCAGAUAUCGACACCAGCAAUGACCGAGGGCGAAUUUAUUACAGACAAGACCAUUCCUCGGAUAUCCUUGACCGCGCCGGACGGGAGAUCAGGAAAAGUUUCCCUCAAAGCUCAUUCACUCCGACCAAUGCUUUCAUCGCCACUUGGGAGAACGUGGCGCCUUAUGAGGAAGUGUCGCGCUCGGUUGCCUCCUCUGACAGGUUCAACACCUUUCAAGCACUGUUGGCUUUUGAUGAGUCAAACACCUAUGCAAUAUUCCUCUACCCGGAAGGUGGGUUGCAGUUCUUUGGGACCCGUCCUAAAGAGUCCUACAAUGUUCAGAUAGAGCUGCCUGCUCGGGUGGGCUUCAGCAGAGGGGAAACUGGGUUCAUACUGUGGAGAAGUGAGGGUCCUUAUUACAGUGUUACCAGCAAUGAACAAUCUGUGAAGAACCUAUAUCAGAUGGGGAAUUCAGGUACUCGAGGAGUUUGGGUUUUUCAUAUCGGUGGAACUUCCUCAUUUAACAACAUAAUUCCAGCAAAUGUGGGAGGGACACCUUCAAGAGAGGACUCUGUUGUAACAUUGGAUAGCACUUUAAGUGGCCCAGUUAUGCCUAAUAUAUUGGAAUCUGAAUACACUGACAAUGAAGAUUACAAACAAUAUUAUGAUGAUGAUGAAGACAACGUAUACACUCCCUCCAUACCCACAGAGGCUGUGGACGGAGUUCAUGGGAUUCCAGAGAACCCACCAUAUCCAGAUGGAGGCAUUAUACCAUCCUAUCCUGAAGGUUACCCCGAGGCAGGCAUUGUGUCUUCAUACCCUGAGACUGGGGCUGUGCCAUCAUUUCCAGAGAGGCAACCUGAGGUUAUGACAGCGUCAAGAUACUCAGAGGUUGAAUCUUUGCUGAGAAAUCCAUUACCAGUUACACAUGAUAGACAUGUUGUCAGUGUGGAAGAAGAUCAGGACAUAGGUACUGGUGUUUUCACGUACAAUACAGGCACAAGGGAAACCUGUGAAAGAAACCAGGGACAGUGUUCCCAGCAGGCUUAUUGUGCUGAUUACUCAACUGGAUUCUGCUGUCAUUGCCAUUCUGGUUACUACGGCAAUGGAAGGGAAUGUCUACCAGAAGGUGUUACCCAGCGUGUAAAUGGAAAAGUAAAUGGAAAAUUAAUAGUCGGAGCCAAUCAAAUGCCUGUGGAGUUUCGGAAUGCUGACCUGCAUGCAUAUGUAGUUGUAAAUGAUGGGAGAGCCUUUACAGCUAUUAGCCAAAUUCCUGAGGUGGUAGGUUGGGCAAUGCAGUCACUUUCUAUAAUUGGAGAUCUUUUCGGAUGGUUGUUUGCUGUGGAGCAACCAGGCUUCAAAAAUGGUUUCAGCAUUGCAGGUGCUAAAUUUAUUCGCAAUGUUGAUAUCAUCUUCUAUCCUGGCAAUGAGAAGUUAAAUAUAAUGCAAAUAGCUCAAGGACUUGAUACACAGAAUUAUCUCAGCAUUGCCACUGAAAUUGAAGGUGAAUUGCCUGAAAUUGCCGAAGGUGCUAAAGUCCAGAUCCAGCCGUAUGAUGAACUCUACCACCGUUCCAGUUCUGCAAUUACCUCUGCAACCAACAGAGAGUAUUCUGUUGAAACCAGGAGUGGUGAGACACGGACACUUCAAUAUCAAUUGAGGCAGAACAUUACCUACUAUGACUGUGAACAUGCGCCUAGGAGCAUUCCAGCCAGUCAACAACUGAAUGUUGAUCGUAUUUUUGUGCUUUAUAAUGAGAGUGAGAAGGUUGUUAGAUAUGCAAUGAUUAACCAGAUUGGACCUGCCAGAGGUAAUUCAAGGCCUGAAACAGUAAAUCCAUGUCAGGAUGGAAGCCACACUUGUGAUCCAAGAGCACAAUGUUUCCCAAUAAAUGAACGUGAACACAUCUGCAAGUGUGCUCCUGGCUACGAAGGAGAUGGCAAAUUUUGCUCAGCUGUUGACCAGUGUACUGAAGGUUUAUGUCAUCCACAUGCAACCUGUUAUGACACCCCUGGCUCAUAUGUCUGUCGGUGUAACCCUGGUUAUGAAGGAGAUGGUACCCAGUGUAGACCAAUAGAGCCAGAACCUCCAGUACGUUCAAAGACUGCAUGUGAGGAGCUGCGAGAUGAAGUGGAAGCUGAGUUCAGCCCCCGUGGGCCUAGGCCCCACUUUGGAAUGCAUGUUCCUCAAUGUGAUGAGCAGGGCAACUUCAGAUCUCUACAGUGCCACAGCAGUACAGGCCAGUGCUGGUGUGUAGAUGCAUGGGGCAGGGAAUUUUCUGGAACCAGAACACAGCCUGGAAAUAAUCUACCAGAAUGUGGACACUCAGAACCCAUUCAGCGCCCAAAAACUGCUUGUGAACAAUAUCGAGAGAGACUGAAAACAGAGCUAAGUUUGCGUGGAUCUCCAGCUCUUACUGGAAUCCAUAUCCCUGAGUGUGAUGAUGAAGGAAACUUUAGACCUCUGCAAUGCCAUGGAAGUACUGGCCACUGUUGGUGUGUUUAUGAAAAUGGACAAGAAAUUCCAGGGACUAGGACGCCACCUGGAAGUGAUCAGCCACAGUGUGGACAGCCAGUAACAAAUGAACAUCGAAAGACUGCUUGCGAGCAGCAUCGAGACAGAUUGCAAGCAGAGCUCAGUCUGCGUGGAUCACAGCCUCACGUUGGAGCCUAUAUCCCUCAGUGUGAUGAGGAGGGGAACUUCAGGCCUCUGCAAUGCCACGGCAGUACAGGCCACUGCUGGUGCGUGGAUGAAAGGGGACAGGAAAUUCCUGGGACGAGGACACCACCUGGAGCGGGUCAACCACAGUGUGGACAGCCAGCAACCAAUGAACGUUCAAAGACUGCCUGUGAACAGCAUCGAGAGAGACUGCAAAUAGAGGUGCGCAGAUCACAACCUAUUAUUGGAAUCCAUAUCCCUGAGUGUGAUGAGGAGGGGAACUUCAAGCCUCUGCAAUGCGACAGCAAUACAGGGUACUGCUGGUGCAUGUAUGACAACGGACAGGAAAUUCCAGGGACGAGAACACCCCCUGGAACCAGUCAGCCACAGUGUGGGCAGCCAGCAACCAAUGAACGGCCAAAGACUGCUUGUGAACAGCAUCGAGAGAGACUUCAAACAGAGCUGCGGCUGCGUGGAAGUCAAACUCUUGUUGGAAUCCAUAUCCCUGAGUGUGAUGAGGAGGGGAACUUCAGACGUCUGCAAUGUCAGGGCAGUACGGGAUACUGCUGGUGUGUAUAUGAGAACGGACAGGAAAUUCCAGGGACUCGGAUACCCCCUGGAACUGACCAACCCAGCUGUGAAGUACCAGCAAGUAAUGAGCGUUCGAAGACUGCUUGUGAGCAACAUCGAGAGAGACUACAAACGGAACUGAGCCUGCGUGGAAAUCAAGCUCUUGUUGGAAUCCAUAUCCCUGAGUGUGAUGAAGAGGGGAAGUUCAGGUCUGUGCAGUGCCAUGGCAGUACAGGCCACUGCUGGUGUGUAUAUGAAAAUGGACAGGAAAUUCCGGGGACUCGGACAGCACCUGGAAGUGAUCCACCUCGCUGUGGGCUGCCAGCAGCCAGCGAACGUCCAAAAUCUGCUUGCGAACAACAUCGAGAGAGGCUACAAACACAGCUGAGACUGCAUGGAUCGCAACCUCUUGUUGGAAUCCAUAUCCCUGAGUGCGAUGAGGAGGGGAACUUCAGGCCUCUGCAAUGCCACAGCAGUUCAGGCCACUGCUGGUGUGUAUAUGAGAACGGACAGGAAAUUCCUGGCACUAGGACACCCCCCGGUACUGAUCGACCACAGUGUGGACAGCCAGCCACUGAUGAACGCCCAAGGACUGUUUGUGAACAAUACCGAGAGAGACUGCAGGCAGAGCUGAGUCUGCAUGGAUCACAACCUCUUGUUGGAGCCUAUAUCCCAGAAUGUGAUGAGGAGGGGAAAUUCAGGCCUCUGCAAUGCCAUGGCAGUACAGACUACUGCUGGUGUGUGGAUGAAAGGGGACAGGAAAUUCCUGGGACGAGGACACCACCUGGAGCUGGUCAACCACAGUGUGGACAGCCAGAACCAACUGAACGCCCAAAGACUACUUGUGAACAGCAUCGAGACAGAUUGCAAGCAGAGCUGAACCUGCGUGGUUCUCUUGAUGGAGCCUAUAUCCCUCAGUGUGACGAGGAGGGGAACUUCACACCUCUGCAAUGCCACAGCAGUACAGGCCACUGCUGGUGCGUGGAUGAAAGGGGACAGGAAAUUCCUGGGACGAGGACACCACCUGGAGCUGGUCAACCACAGUGUGGACAGCCAGGAUCCAUUGAACAUCCAAGGACUGCCUGUGAACAGCAUCGAGACAGAUUGCAAGCCGAGCUGAGCUUGCGUGGAUCACAGCCUCUCAUUGGAGCCUAUAUCCCAGAGUGCGAUGAGGAGGGGAACUUCAGGCCUCUGCAAUGCCAUGGCAGUACAGGCUACUGCUGGUGUGUGGAUGAAAGGGGACAGGAAAUUCCUGGGACGAGGACACCACCUGGAGCUGGUCAACCACAGUGUGGACAGCCAGGACCCAUUGAACACCCAAGGACUGCUUGUGAACAGUACCGAGAGAGACUGCAAGCAGAGCUGAACUUGCGUGGAUUACAGGUGGGGGUCCAUAUCCCAGAGUGCGAUGAGGAGGGGAACUUCAAGCCUCUACAAUGCCACAGCAGUACAGGCCACUGCUGGUGUGUGGAUGAAACAGGGCAGGAAAUUCCUGACACUCGGACUCCUCCUGGAUCUGAUCAACCUCUGUGUGGACAGCCAGAACCCAUUGAACGCACAAAAACUGCUUGUGAACAGUACCGAGACAGAUUGCAAGCAGAGCUCAGUUUGCGUGGAUCACAACCUCUUGCUGGAGUCUAUAUCCCUCAGUGUGAUGAGGAGGGGAACUUCAGGCCUCUGCAAUGCCAUGGCAGUACAGGCCACUGCUGGUGCGUGGAUGAAAGGGGACAGGAAAUUCGUGGGACAAGGACACCACCUGGAGCUAGUCAACCACAGUGUGGACAGCCAGAACCCAUUGAUCGCCCAAGGACUGUUUGUGAACAGUACCGAGAGAGACUGCAAGCAGAGCUGAGUCUGCGUGGAUCACAACCUCUUAUUGGAGCCUAUAUCCCAGAGUGUGAUGAGGAGGGGAACUUCAGGCCUCUGCAAUGCCAUGGCAGUACAGGCCACUGUUGGUGUGUGGAUGAAAGGGGACAGGAAAUUCCUGGGACGAGGACACCACCUGGAGCUGGUCAACCACAGUGUGGACAGCCAGAACGCAUUGGUCACCCAAAGACCGUUUGUGAACAGUACCGAGAGAGACUGCAAGCAGAGCUGAACUUGCGUGGAUUACAGGUGGGAGUCCAUAUCCCAGAGUGCGAUGAGGAGGGGAACUUCAGGCCCCUGCAAUGCCACAGCAGUACAGGCCACUGCUGGUGUGUGGAUGAAAGGGGACAGGAAAUUCCUGGGACGAGGACACCACCUGGAGCUGGUCAACCACAGUGUGGACAGCCAGAACCAAGGACUGCUUGUGAACAAUACCGAGAGAGACUGCAAGCAGAGCUGAACUUGCGUGGAUUACAGGUGGGGGUCCAUAUCCCAGAGUGUGAUGAGGAGGGGAACUUCAGGCCGCUGCAAUGCCACAGCAGUACAGGCCACUGCUGGUGUGUGGAUGAAAGGGGACAGGAAAUUCCUGGAACAAGGACACCACCUGGAACUGGUCAACCACAGUGUGGACAUCCAGCUCAUGUUGAAGGCCCAAAGACCGUUUGUGAACAGCAUCGAGAGAGAAUGCAAGCAGAGCUGAACCUUCGUGGAUCACAGGUUGGAGUCCAUAUCCCAGAAUGUGAUGAGGAGGGGAACUUCAGGCCUCUGCAAUGCCAUGGCAGUACAGGUCACUGCUGGUGUGUGGAUGAAAGGGGACAGGAAAUUCCUGGGACUAGGACUCCUCCUGGAUUUGGUCAACCACAGUGUGGACAGCCAGAACGCACUGAACCUGCAAAGACGGCUUGCGAGCAGCAUCGAGACAGAUUGCAAGCAGAGCUGAGUCUGCGUGGUUCUCUUGUUGGAGCCUAUAUCCCUCAGUGCGAUGAGGAGGGGAACUUCAGGCCUCUGCAAUGCCACAGCAGUACAGGCCACUGCUGGUGCGUGGAUGAAAGGGGACAGGAAAUUCCUGGGACGAGGACACCACCUGGAGCGGGUCAACCACAGUGUGGACAACCAGCAAAUAAUGAACGUCCAAAGACGGCUUGUGAGCAACUUCAUGACAGAAUGCAAGCAGAGUUGAGAUUGCGUGGUUCUUUUGUUGGAGCCCAUGUCCCUCAGUGUGAUGAGGAGGGGAACUUCAGGCCUCUGCAAUGCCAUGGCAGUACAGGCCACUGCUGGUGUGUGGAUGAAAGGGGACAGGAAAUUCGUGGGACAAGGACACAACCUGGAGCUGGUCAACCACAGUGUGGACAGCCAGAACCCACACAGCGCCAACCAACAGUGUGUGAACGGUGGAGACUGAGUCUUCUGGAACAUUAUGGUGGCAGACCAGCUAAUGAUCAAUAUAUUCCUGAAUGUGAUGAGUCUGGGGAUUUUAGCCCCCUGCAAUGCCAUGGAAACAGUGGUUACUGUUGGUGUGUGGAUAAAGAGGGUCGAGAAAUUCAAGGAACUAGAACUGAACACGGCAGUCCACCAGCAUGUAUACCAACGGUUGCACCUCCCAUUACACAACCUUCUCCAGCACCUGUUGUGACUCCACCAAGCACGGGUACCUUCCUUUUAUAUGCUCAGGGACAGCACAUUGGGUACCUGCCCCUGAACGGUACUCAGCUAAACAAAGAGGGAGCCAAGAGCCUAUUAGCUCUUCAUGGUUCAAUUGUCAUUGGUAUUGAUUAUGACUGCAGGGAUAAGAUGGUUUACUGGACUGAUGUUUCUGGCCGAACUAUUAAUCGUGCUAGUUUGGAACCAGGUGCUGAGCCAGAAACCAUCAUUAAUUCGGACCUGAUUAGUCCUGAAGGACUAACCAUAGACUACCUCCAUAGAAACAUGUUUUGGACUGACAGUGGAUUGGAUAAGAUAGAAGUUGCUAAAAUGGAUGGAUCUGAACGACGAGUUCUUGUUGAUACUGAUCUGGUAAAUCCCAGAGCAAUUGCAGUGGACUCCCUUAAUGGCAACCUUUACUGGACAGACUGGAAUCGUGAAGCUCCUAAAAUUGAGACUUCUCGUGUAGAUGGAACUAACAGAAGGGUGUUGGUUAAAAACGACAUUGGAUUGCCCAAUGGGCUGACAUUUGACCCUUUCUCCUUGCAACUAUGUUGGGCUGAUGCUGGAACCAAAGAUCUAGAGUGCAUAUUUUCCGAUGGUACAGGAAGACAUGUGGUGCAACGUGGUCUAAACUAUCCCUUUAGUAUUGUUGCCUAUGCAAAUCACUUCUACUACACAGAUUGGAGAAGAGAUGGAAUUAUUGUUGUAUCCAAAGAUAAUAACCAAAUUACCGACGAAUACCUACCUAAUCAGCGAUCACAUCUGUACGGCAUAACUGUGGCCUACCCUCGUUGUCCGCAUGGAAGAAAAUAAUGAUUGUGCUGGUAAUGACAACUGUAUUUCAGCAUAUUACAUCUGGAGGAAGAGGUGGUUUCUGUUGGAGCAUGAUGCUGCAUGGAUUGGUCUGUAUUUUUUCUCCCAUUGUUAGUGGGGACUGAAAAUGUUACAUAGUAACUACAUUUUUUGGUAAGAGCUUCCGUACCUCAUGACUUUGAAGAAAAUAUUACUGUGCUGCCUUUUGAUUGCUAUAGUGGACACAGUCACUGACUGGUAUGAAUACCUGGUCGCUUAUUCUGAAAUUUAAAGAACACAAGCAUAAAUAUUCUGUGAUGGAUACAUAAGUAUACAAUGCAGUGAAGAAAAAGCACAAACUAUAUUGCUGCAAUAAAGUACUCCAGAGAUGAUUUAAUGGGAGGUGGUACAAGGGCCCCCGAUUUACAAACAUCUAACUUACGAAUGGUCAUACUUACAAAUGUGAUCCCAUACAAGGGUGCCAUAUGAACACUUCCUGUACUGACGAACAGUCACUUUACAAUGUCCUGCAAUGUGUUCUAAUUUGCAAAGAAAUCACCUUGCGAAUGGACUCCAGAACAGAACCUGUUCACAAUCUGGGGCCUGGCUGUAUUCUUUUCUUAAAGGUUGACCAAAUGUUUCAAUUUCUUGCCCCAUCAUCCAAAAAUUACUGCACUUAUUUCAGAAGUAUUUAUCAGUCAGCUUCAAACAACUGUAAGCAAUCACGACUUUCAGAUUCUACACCUGAAUGGGUGUCAAACUUAGCAAGAUUCAGUUAUUCAGUCAGGUAUUGCUGUAAUUGUUACCUUUGUCAAACAACAUAGAUACAUAUGAUUCAUCUAUGAAUCUACUUUAGUCCAACAAAAUAAAACUAGUUCUUGUUAGACUGAAAAUAUUUCUUUAACCAAAACUCUUAACCACAGUGAUGCUACAAGUUGUACCAAAGAUUGAUACAUUAACAUUUAAUGUGGAACAAAGUAUAGCAAUACUGGUUUUCUUAUUGUGUAACAUCAGUAAAGCAACAACUGCUCAAUAUCACUUGUGACUAGCCUAACACAUUUCAGGUCUAUGAGACAUAUUACAGACAAAACGCAAACUGUCAGGUGGACAUACUGAACUACUGCAGGCAAUGAAUAAUGCCUGUAGUAAAUUGUAUUUGACCUGGGCUUAUUUUCAAAAGCAAUAAAAAUUGCCAAACUAUAAAUUUAAAAUCAUUUUACAGCAUGAAUAUUGUUAAAAAAUAACAACUCAAAAUUAAACUUUUUUUCUUAAAGUUGGCACACAGAUGCAUUUACACAUUGACAUACUGCACAUUUCCCAACUACAGGCCUAUUUAGUUAGUUCAAUGCUGAUCAUACCAUUGUGAGGUUUUGCCUCACGUAAAUUUAUUCUUCAAAUUGUUCUGAUGCAGUAUUCCUGUAACAAGUAAAUAAUAGUCAAUUAUAUAAAAGGUAUCUAGCCAUAGUGAUGAUGAGUUACUGUAACUAAGACUAUGAGCCUUCCCAGCAGUUCUUAAUUCUAAAGAAUAGUUCACAAACUGGACUUCAGACAAGCAGCAUUUUCAACAAGACCUGGGCACCAAAUGAAGAUGAAUGUAGCAGGAAGAAAUGCCUCCAAAUAAUCUAGUUUUUUUUUAUUAAAAGGUACAGAAUGAUCAAGAGUUAGGAAAUGAUCAUAGUAUUUUGAAACAGGCAUCCAAACUUUAUCUUAUAGAUUAGGAAGAGUUGGGGUACAAUAUAUCAAUUAUAUAUUUAAUAUUGCUUUUUUUAAAAAAUCACAAAUGCUAUUAAAAAUCCUAAAUGGGGUGUGGGGAAGAGGUUGAAAUUUAACAAUAGUACCUGCUUUUAAAAAAAAAGUCUCACUUACUCCAGACACACUCUAUAAUGCGGAAUUGAUUCUUACUAAUCACAAAUCAGAAUUCUAGAUUUGACACUUUAACACAAAGGUAUUCUGCCUAGUAAUAACAUUUUAAAUGACUUGUGUCACCAAGAACAGUGCUCACCAUUCAUCACACUAAAGCUGUCCAGAAUUUUAGUGGAUUUUUGCACAUUAAUUUACAAUUAUGGCAGUGAAACCAACACAGCACCGUCUCCAAGAAAUCCAUACCUGUAAAAAGCAAGACAAGCAACACGUUGUCUCUCUAACGAAUGAGGCAUGAAAUCCAAACUAGAAUAUUAAAUUCACUGAACAUUUUUCAGCUUAUCUAUUUGGCAAGCACUGCAACUUCUCACCUUUCAUGUGUUUCAUUAGAGUAUGAGAGACGCAAGUGUUACAAAGCUAUUGAUUGCAAGGCAAAUCAGAUAGGAACUUCCUGAUUUUGAUGUUUUAUUGCAUAUGUGAAGAUACCAGAAGUUGCUCCCCCAUU